AUGAGUGCAAAACGUACAUCUCGUGAGUCUCUAGCAAAAUCUGCCACCUCACAAGAUAGUGACUCACAAAAAUCACGUACACCUAUCAAUUUACAAAGUGCAAGCACACCGCCAACCGGUCAGCGGCGCAGCGGUUCACAAAUCGGAAGUCCCUUAUUAAAACCGGGUUCAGGUAUGUCAUCUGCUGGCAAUCGCGAUAAAGCCGGCUCAGCUGUGGGUAAAAAUGCUAGUCCAGCACCAGCGGCAAAAGCAGCGGUAAAAGCCGAAAUAGCUGAAAAUAUCCAGUAUCUGCCACCCGGUCUUCAUACAAUAUUUAUAUCGUCUACCACUCAACAAUCUUUACAACUACGUGUGGAUGAAGAUUUGACGCAAGAGAGUAAUCUAAAAUUAAUUGGAAAAGAUGUUUUAUUAGAUGAUAUUCAGACAGCUGGACAGGCAUCGAGUUUUUUUGAAUUUCAACAACAAAUACAAGCCUAUCCAGAAAAUGAGAUAGCCAUCAUUUAUGAUUAUGAUUAUUUUUAUAGUCAAAAUUUUUUAAUAUGUUUUGAUCCCAAACUGAAGAAAUUUAUGGAAAUGCCACCUGUCACAUUACCACUCGACGAAGUAACAGAAACUGAGCAGUAUGUUCCACCUGUAUCAAAGCCGUGGAUAUCACUUGGUUCCGAAAAAGAAAUCGAAGAAGAACGAUUAGUUCUGAACCGACCAUUGAAACGAUAUAAAAUCAAAGUGCCAAGCCGAUCAUCACAACAAAAACCGACAUUCAAAGACGUUGAUCCAGAUGAUAAAAAAAAAAUGUUUAUUAAUAUUGAACCAUAUGAAGAUAAACAAUUUGAUUUGAAAAAAAUAGAACUUGACAUAGCCAUACAGGCUGCACCAGAAUUUCGUGAAAAUUUCUCUCAAACUAUUUGGAAAUAUCCUAAAAAUCAGUGGACACAAUAUGAGCCUCGAGAAUAUUCGGAAGAAGAAAAAAUGAAAUAUUUGGCUGAUCCGAAAUUAAUAAAUGUUGUGGUUAACUCAUACGAUUUAUUCAAACAAGCUUUACAGCAAAAUAUUAUUCAUGAUCCAUUUUAUCUUGACUGGACACGAUUAGGAGGGCAAUUAGAUGGUCUAGGUGGUCCUGGUGAUUCUCAUUUGAAAGAAUAUCAAUCAUUUACCGACAUUCACAAUAGCAAAGAUAAAAUUGUUACUUGUGUACAAUGGCAUCCAACAUUACGAGGUAUCAUUGCCGUCUCGCUUGCUGUGCGACAAGGAUUCGAUGAGCGUUCAGAAAAUCUUAGUCGUAUAACAACUGCACCAUCAUUAAUUUUAAUAUGGAGUUUUGUGGAUCCCAUUCAGCCAAAACUAUUUUUGGAAGCACCAGACGAUAUUCAAUGUUUUCAAUUUUCACCCUCGGAACCACAUAUUAUUGCUGGUGGUUGUGUCAAUGGUCAGAUUGUUAUGUGGGAUAUUCAACAAUAUGAAGAAAGAAUAAAAAAUCCAAGAGGAGAUCAUCGCGAUAAAGAUUUGUUUAUUCCUGGCUUUGAAGAUGAAACGUUUUUCCAAACACCACAUAUUCGAUUUUGUGCGGUAUCUAGUAUAGAACAUAGUCAUGCUGAACCGAUAACUGAUUUACAAUGGAUACCCGAUCAUUUUCAAAUAACUGCACAAGGAUUACCCACAGAAAAUCUUUCAAUGAGUUGUUCACAGUUGAUGACAUGUGCAUUUGAUAGUCAAGUGUUAAUAUGGGAAACUCGAGCACCAAGGACAGGUGUAAAACCGUCAACGAAGAAAGAACGAGAAGUUAUUAAUCCAUUAGGUGUGCCGUUAACAUUCAAACAUUUGGAUCUUAGUUGGAAACCAUUACUUCGAGUUACUUUAGCCAAUGCAGAAAGCGGACCAGAUUUUGCACCAAGAAAAUUUUCCAUUCGAGAACAACAAGGCGACAGGGACGUUUUAAACAAAGAAGAAAAGGAUCUUUUUGAAAAGAAAAAAGAUAACAGAGAUUCAGGACAAUUUGUAAAUCCCGUUGAUGAUGCUCUAUCAAAAGGUCAAGUUCCAUCGAAAGCGAAAGUGUUACAAAAUGUUGAUACAUUUUUCUAUGUUGGAACCGAGACCAAAUUUGAAGACUAUCAUGCGUAUUCCUUAACGGCAUGGUAUUCAAGUGUUGUCGAUGGACCUGUAGUAGCGUUGAAACGUUCACCAUUUUUUAAAGAUAUUGUUCUUGUAGCUGGCGGAUGGACAUUUUCAUUAUGGCGAGAGAAAGUUCAUAGUGGUGCUCUUCUUCAUACAUCAUCGAUGAAAGAAAAAGUAACAGAUGCUGAAUGGUCACCAACAAGAUCGGGUGUGUUUUUUAUCUCAAAACAAAAUGGAAGUAUUGACAUUUGGGACGUUGUCGAUCGUACUCAUGCGCCAUCAUUAACACAAUCGAUAUCUAGUUCAUCCAUCACUUAUCUUAGUAUAAAAAAUAUAUCAUCUAAACAGCAAUUGUUAGCAGCUGCUGAUAGUAAUGGUACAUUACACAUACUUGAAGUACCAUGGGCUUUGCGGCAACCUGUUAAUCAAGAAUUUCAAGUUGUAACAAGUUAUUUUGAUCGUGAAACUGAGAGACGUGAAUUUGUUAAAAAACGGUGGGACAUACGUGAAGAAGAAAAACGUGAAAAAGAACGUUUGGCAGCGUUAAAAGCAGGUAUUGCACCAGCACACAAUCCAAGUCAAGAAGAAAUUGACAUCCGAAUGAAAAAUGAAUAUAAUGAAUUUAUUCAAUUUGAAUAUCAUAUUUUAAGAGAAAUGGGUCUCAGAGAUGAAAACGAAGCACCACCAGUACAGCAAUAG